AAAAUUCAUUGCAAAGAGAGAGGAGAGAAAAGAACGGUUUUUUCAAAUUAAAAAAAGAAAAAACCUAAAAUCUCUAGGGUUUAGCACACAGCUCGAGACCUUCCUUCACUCAUGGCGGAAGAGGCUGCUCCAGAGGUCCCAAUGGAACUCGAACCCAAGGCACAAAUAUCAACCGAUGCUAAUCCAGCGGUGGAUUCCGAGAACGGCGGCUCGAAGCGCGCUAGGGAGGAAGUCGAGGCGCCGGAACAGAACGGCGAUAAGAAGGCGAAAAUCGAGGACGAGAAGUCCUCCGAGGAGCGGCGGCUCGAGAGUUCCGGCGGCGGAGAUGAUAAAAUGGUGGAGGAGAAGGAAUCGGGCGGGGCGGCAACCAUCGGCCCGAAGACAUUCGGAUCUUCCGUGGAGAUGUUUGAUUACUUCUAUAAGCUUCUUCAUGCUUGGACCCCCAAUCUCAACAUCAAUAAGUACGAGCACAUGAUGGUGCUAGAACUGCUGAAGAAAGGUCAUCUAGAAGCAGAUAGAAAGAUUGGGAAAGGCAUAAAAGCUUUCCAAGUUCGUUUCCACCCAAAGUUCCAUAGCCGUUGCUUCUUCCUAACAAGGGAGGAUGACACGACCGAUGACUUCAGCUUCAGAAAAUGUGUGGACCAGAUUCUCCCGUUACCCGAGAACAUGCAAGUCAAAAAUGAUGUCAAUAAGGCACUGCGUGGUAAAGGAGGCAACCGUGGACGUGGCCGCGGCCGCGGCAGAGGCUGGAAAUAAAAAAAUAAAAAAAAAAUCUGUUUGAACUUUUAAGUAAUUUCCGCUUAUUAUUAAUUUUGCUUCGAAUGUUCCUUCUUCUUUUUUUCUUUUUUUUUUUGUGUGUGUGAAAAAAACUCUCUGAAUCUUUGUUGAGAAAGGGAGAAUUCGUAUUUACUAUAUAUUCUAUUUGAGGUCGUUAAACGACUGAUUGGAAACUGAAACCACUGCUUUUUUUCGAGCUUUGGUGUUGCCA